AUGAAGUCACAGCCUAUUUCACAUCCGGUUUACCCUGGGACGUAUUACUACUGUCUUGUUUCAGAGCCCACCAUGAAGAGACUCCUGGUGCUUUGUGACUGCCUCUGGGCCUGGAGCCUCCUUCUGAAUGCAUUGACUGAAAGAAGCUAUGGACAAACCUCAUCACAAGAUGAGCUUAAAGACAACACCACAGUAUUUACCAGAAUAUUGGAUCGUCUGCUGGAUGGUUAUGAUAACCGCUUGAGACCAGGACUGGGAGAGCGUGUAACUGAAGUGAAGACUGACAUCUUCGUCACCAGUUUUGGGCCUGUUUCAGACCAUGAUAUGGAAUACACUAUAGAUGUAUUUUUCCGCCAAAGCUGGAAAGAUGAGAGAUUAAAAUUCAAAGGACCUAUGACUGUUCUCCGGUUAAAUAAUUUAAUGGCCAGCAAAAUUUGGACACCUGAUACCUUUUUCCACAAUGGAAAGAAGUCAGUGGCUCAUAACAUGACGAUGCCAAACAAACUGUUACGAAUUACGGAGGAUGGGACAUUGCUAUACACAAUGAGAUUGACUGUGAGAGCAGAAUGUCCAAUGCAUUUAGAAGACUUUCCUAUGGAUGCACAUGCUUGCCCCUUGAAAUUUGGAAGCUAUGCUUAUACCAGAGCAGAGGUUGUGUAUGAAUGGACACGGGAACCAGCAAGGUCAGUAGUUGUGGCUGAAGACGGCUCUCGAUUGAACCAAUACGAUCUGCUUGGACAAACUGUGGACUCUGGAAUUGUUCAAUCCAGCACAGGGGAAUAUGUUGUUAUGACUACACAUUUUCAUUUGAAGAGAAAGAUUGGUUACUUUGUCAUCCAGACUUAUCUGCCAUGCAUCAUGACUGUGAUACUGUCACAGGUGUCCUUCUGGCUUAACAGAGAAUCUGUUCCAGCAAGAACUGUAUUUGGAGUGACAACUGUCCUGACAAUGACUACUCUGAGCAUCAGCGCAAGGAAUUCACUCCCCAAGGUAGCUUACGCCACUGCUAUGGAUUGGUUUAUAGCAGUGUGCUACGCCUUUGUGUUUUCUGCGCUCAUCGAAUUUGCAACAGUGAAUUACUUCACAAAGAGAGGCUAUGCAUGGGAUGGCAAAAGCGUCGUUCCUGAAAAGCCAAAGAAAGUGAAGGAUCCUCUCAUUAAGAAAAACAACACAUACACAGCUGCAGCUACGAGCUACACCCCUAAUAUUGCAAGGGACCCUGGGCUGGCAACCAUUGCUAAAAGUGCAACGAUUGAGCCCAAAGAAGUUAAGCCAGAAACAAAACCUGCAGAACCCAAGAAAACUUUUAACAGCGUCAGUAAAAUUGAUCGACUAUCAAGAAUAGCCUUCCCAUUGCUUUUUGGAAUCUUUAACUUAGUCUAUUGGGCUACCUACUUAAACCGGGAGCCCCAGUUAAAAGCUCCAACUCCACAUCAAUAA